CUUACGUACGUUCGUUCUAGCCUUUGGCUGUUUUCCUUCGAUUCAUUCGUUUGUUCGGGCGCUGCAUCAGAUAGUUUACUGAAUUUUCCAAAUAAGUUGUGAUAAAUUGAAAAGCCAUUAGUGAACAAUUAAUAUUUCUGAAAAUUAAAACCCUAGGAGUUAUAAAAUGUCAUUCCAUCCAGGCAGAGGUUCUUACAGCAGUGGUCGAGAUAAUUUUGGUUCAGGAGGAGGAGGAGGUGGCAGGGGUUAUGGAUCGAGCCGUGGAGGAGGAGGAGGGAAUGGAGGUUUUAGGAGCGGCGGCAGUGGACGUGGAGGCGGAGGAGGAAGGGGAGGAAGUGGCGGCCCAAGAAGUGGGGGUGGAUUUAGAGGUGGAGACAGGGGUGGAAGUAGAUUCGGCGAUCGGUUCGAUAACAGCGGUCCCGGAAGAGGUCUACGUAGGCCGCACUGGGAUAUGCAGAAUCUUCGACCCUUUAAAAAAGACUUUUAUGUUCCCCAUCCUGCUGUGGCAAGCAGGUCGAACUAUGAAGUCGACGCGUAUCGUCGCGCAAAAGAAAUUACUGUUGAUUGUGUAGCUCCCAACCCUAUUCAAAAUUUUGAAGAAGCAAAUUUUCCCGAUUAUGUUUUAGCAGAAAUCAGAAACCAAGGUUAUGACUUCCCAACGCCCAUCCAAGCCCAGGGUUGGCCAAUUGCUCUUAGCGGUAAAGAUAUGGUGGGCAUUGCCCAAACUGGUUCAGGAAAAACACUUGCUUACAUUUUGCCUGCUAUAGUUCACAUAAAUCACCAACCGCGUUUGAAUCCUGGCGAUGGACCUAUUGUAUUGGUUCUUGCUCCUACUAGAGAGUUAGCUCAACAAAUUCAACAAGUUGCUACUGAUUUCGGUCGUUUGUCAUACAUCCGCAAUACGUGUGUUUUUGGUGGCGCCCCCAAAGGUCCACAAGCGAGAGACUUGGAACGGGGAGUCGAAAUUUGCAUAGCAACUCCCGGUAGGCUCAUUGAUUUUCUUGAAAAAGGUUCUACCAACUUGGCAAGAUGCACUUACCUGGUUCUGGACGAGGCCGACAGAAUGUUGGACAUGGGAUUCGAGCCGCAAAUACGUAAAAUUAUCGAGCAGAUCAGACCUGAUAGACAAACCCUUAUGUGGUCCGCAACUUGGCCUAAAGAAGUUAAAAAAUUGGCUGCUGAUUUCAUGCAAGACUACAUUACUAUCAACAUUGGGUCACUUCAGCUCUCUGCCAACCACAACAUUCUUCAAAUCAUUGAUAUCUGUCAGGAACAUGAAAAAGAAUAUAAGCUAAACCAACUGCUUCAAGAGAUAUCCAACAGCUCAGAGCCGGGCUGCAAGAUAAUCAUUUUCGUAGAAACUAAAAAGAAAGUUGAACAAAUUACCAGAACUAUUAAACGGUAUGGCUGGCCAGCACUCUGUAUGCACGGCGACAAAAGCCAGCAAGAAAGAGACUAUGUAUUAAGAGAUUUUCGCAUGGGUAAAUCUACUAUUUUGGUCGCCACUGAUGUAGCUGCUAGAGGACUUGAUGUCGACGGUAUAAAAUACGUGAUAAACUACGAUUAUCCGAACUCAUCCGAAGAUUACAUUCAUAGGAUCGGAAGAACUGGCAGAUCGGAUACUACCGGUACUUCUUACGCUUUCUUCACUCCUAGCAACUCACGACAAGCUAGGGAUUUGGUAGCCGUACUAAAGGAAGCGAAUCAGGUAAUUAAUCCAAAGUUGGCAGACAUUGCCAACCGUUCUUCUUUUGGCGGAAAGGGUGGUAGUAGCCGGUACGGUGGCGGUGGAGACAGGAAUGGCCGUGGAGGUCCGCCAAGAGACGGCGGCAGAAGUGGAGGUUUUGGAGGCGGUCGUGGAGGUGGCCUUAGAAGCGGCCCUGGCGGUGGGAGAGGCGGCGGAGGCCGUUUCGGAGGUGGAGGUGACCGUGGCGCACCAGGAGGAGAUAGAGGUGGAUAUGGCCGCGGAGGUGGAACAUUUAGAAGCAGCGGGGUCUCAAGGUUCAGUGGAGGCAGUGGAUUUGGUAAUUGAUACCAAGGAAGAUGCACUCCUUCUGAAGAGGCGAUUAAGGAAUAUUAUCAAGCUUUGUAAGCAGUAUUUUAGAAGAAAUUAUUCCAUAUUAAAAUAAUCCUAUUUGUAGACAUGUUACUGUCUAUUGUAUUCUCAUCUUUUGAAACCAAUGUGAAUCUAGCUUUUAGUUCUUUUGUGUUUAUAGGAAUAAUUCCUGUGAUUGGAAUUUUUACUUCUAAGUUUUAGGAUAAUAAAAAUUCAUUACCAGA